GUCCUCCAGACUUUCAUGCAGACAGAUGCCGGAGUGGUGCAGAUCACAGCAGUUUUGCCUUCAGCCUUUCCGGCAGAGCAGCAGAUGGUUUUGACCUCCGGCUCGGAUGCACGUGUGGAGGUCGUUGGCCACGUGAUUCAUCAAGCCUCCGAGUUGACUUCUGGGCCCAUUAUGGUGAGCACAACCAGCAUGACCGAAGAUGUAGCCACCAAGUUCACGGACAGCAGCAUUGCAGGACUGGGUUCUACCCUCCGAUCCAAGCCCUUGAGUAUCAAUCUGCGGCGCAACGAUGGCAGUGCAUUGAACAUGAAGAAUCUACGCGAACCAAUGGGAAUGGUCAUGAAGGUCAGUGGUGAGGAGAACGUGACAUGUGCCUAUUGGGACGAGGAGGAGCACCGCUGGUCCAUCCAGGGCGUGACGACCAUCGGAACCAGCAACGGUGAGCUCCGCUGUGAGACGACGCAUUUGUCCAUCUUUGCGGGAGUGGUGAUGGCCGUACAGUUCCUGCAGGACGCUGUCUCAAUUGAUUGCGAGAUCACGGGCAGUUGGUCGGCGGAUGGCAUGGCAGCGUUGUUCGACUCCGAAACGACAUCGAAACUCCUUGGAACCCAAUGGAUGUCAUCUGCUGGAGGUGUUUGUCUGUUCGUUGCUCUUUCCUUGUUCGUUUUGGCCGUCGCCUGGGGAAUGCAUCGUCAGCAGCGACAGGACGACGAGGUGGUGAAGGAUACAGUGCUGAACAGAUCCACCGGCAAGGCAGAUAUGACCUCAGAGUCAGCUGUUGGAGCAUGUCUUCAAGCUGUCCAGAGUUACAGGACUGGCCUGGAGCUGGAGACUCUCAAGGCUCUCAAUGGCGGUGUGGGACCUCAUCGAUCACGCUACAGUGCUGGAGAUGAUGAUUCCAGAGGGCGACGUCCCAGUCUACAGGAUAUGCGCAGAGACUCGAAUGCUUGGGACGUGUCGGUGAGGUUGCAAGAUCUUCCCCAGCUGAAGUAUUUCUUCCAAAACUAUGAGAUCUCUCGGCAUCGGCGUCGUUCCGCAGAGGACUUCCUGGAUGCGCCCUGGCCGGCGCGAGUGUUGAUGAUGUUCAAAGCAGUUCACAGCUGGCUGGCAGUGGGUCGGUUCAACCUCUUCACAACGAAGUGUGAGCGUAUCUGUUUGAUCGGAUUCAAACUCUUCACUGCUGCGGCUUUGAACGCCCUCACUCUUUCAGGGAUGCCUGUACUUCCUGAUUGCGCAGUGGAGUUGGGACUUGCACCCUUUGGCUUUGUUGAAGCCAUGUUGGUGGGACUUGCAUCUGCCUGUGUGGCGGAUCUCUUUGGACUUCUACAGAUGGUGCUGAGACAGCGCAGCGGAUGGGUGAGCUGGGUAGUUUGGUUGCUGCUGAUGGCCUUAGCACUAUUCUGCUGCAUUGCCUAUCUGGCCACCGAUGGAGAGCACUGGCUUGAAAGCACCUUUUCAAGCCUCUUUCAGGAGCUGCUUCUGCAGCCCCUGGGCUUGGCCAUGUUCUUGGUGACGCGAGCCUCGCUGGCGCUGAAGAAUCCGGAAGUCGUGGAAGUCGUGGUGAAGAAAUGGGUGGAAGUGGAGGAUGUCGAAACAUCACCAGGUCGCCAACCUCAACAGGUGCUGCAGAUUCUGCCGGCCGCGCCCGCCCGGUCCAGCCAUGCCCGGUCCAGCGCCCGUGUGUCGGCGCAGGGAGACAUUGCACUGCAGCUGGUGGGCAGCAGCCAAAGCAGCCAGAAACGCGAAGUCUUGGAGGCGAAGAGUGUGGCGUAUCAAAGGGCCUAUGAGAGCGCCAUUGAAGAGGGCCUCAGCAAGAAAGAGGCUAAGGCCUUGGCCAAGGAGGCCUUCCGCAUGGCCCAAUUGGAGGAGUCCCCGGGGGAGCUCUUGCUGCAGGAAGCCAAAAGGCACAGAAUGGUAGAGAAGAGCUCUGCCUACCACCAGGCGUACAAGGAAGCCGUUGAGGCUGGGAAGAGCAAGGAUGAAGCCAAGGCAACGGCGAAAGUGGCCUUCCAACAGGCCAAUGGCGGCAGUCGCCCGAGCUCUUCGGGUCACCAGAGCUCCAGUUCCGGUCUCGGCAGCGCUGAAGAGAUCGCUUCGCCGCCGCGGCGCUCCUCUGCGCCCCUUGGGCAGUUCGAUGUGAUCAUGCCGUCGCCUGGGGAAAUGGCCACGGUGGAGAGGAAGAGGAAGAAGAAGGCUGAUCAGAGCUCCGCCUACCAUGAAGCCUACAAAAAGGCUGUUCAAGAGGGGAGUGACCAAGAAGAGGCCAAGGGAAAGGCCAUGGCUGCUUUUCAUCGAAGUGGCUCCGCAGAUGUCGAGUUGCCUUUGGCCAUGCCGGGGGUGAUAGAGGACUCACAUUCGGGUUCCGGAUCGUCAGAUGGCAGAGCCAGGAAGACUGACUUAGCGCGAAAGGGCGGGAUCUACCGCGAAGCUUAUCAGAGAGCCAUUGAGCAAGGAAUGAGGGAAGAGGAGGCACAGGCCAUCGCCAAGGAAGCGUAUCGCAAUGCGUGAGCCGAUGUGAUUCGAGAACUUCCCAGCGAUUCCUACA